AACUGCAUGAAGGCAGAUGUGCCUGGCAGACAGCAGCUACCUCUGCACACAGGGCUCCUCCUGCAGUGCCCUUAGUGCUGAGCUAUCUCUCCCUCACAAGCUUUACUUUAGCCACCAACUAAAAAUAAGCUUUCCUUUUUCUUCCAAAGGAGCACCUGAACUCACCUGCUGCAGACUGAUCUGCAAGGGCAGCCUGCAGAGUGCUUAGCUCUGAUGUGCCCUUACAUGAACUCAGGCUCCCAAGAAAGAGAUUAACAAUCUAAACAAAGUGUGCUAAUGGGACUUUGCUCAUAUUUUGCAUUGGAGGGCACUACAUACAUUCAUACAGUGGUAAUAAAACAACGUAAAGAAAAAACUGAAAGGGAAGUGAAAAACUGCAUUUCUAGUUGGUAGGUUGCUACCAGGCAGAAGUGGGCUCUGAAUUGCACCGUAGCUGCAACACAAUGAUUUACCACAAUGGUGCUGCCUGAGGAAUAAAAGAAUAAACAAAUUACAGUGGUUGCAAACAUCUGUGGAGCAGCAAAAAAACUUCACAAGAGAGGGGCCCAUGGGAAGGAGCUGAGCUGUGAAGUGUCCUCAAGCAGAUGUUUGUUUAGAGUUUCUGUAAAAGCAAUGAGAUGGGUGAGCAAUCUGCAAGGAUGACCAAAGCACAGUGUGAAGAGUGACUUCAGAAGCACCAGCCAUUGUGUGCUCGCUGGUGUGACGGAAAUACACCCAACAUUUCUGAGAAUUCCAUUCUCAUUGCUGGCUUGACAUGACUAAGAAUGCAUCCAAAGCAGCCUGGGAAGUCCCAUAGGAAUGAGAGAAGAAAGAAGUGAAGAGUGUCAUCAGAAGAACCUCGUGCUCCCUCUGCCAGGACAGGAAUGGAAAGCGGUACUGCAAAAGGAAGGAAACCACCCCACCCCCACUGAUCUGCUCCUGCUCUUUUGUUCGCAUGCUUUAAGCAUCCGAGGCAGGAUGUCAGAUUUAAUGCUACUUUAUGCAUCAGUUAUUACUGUAAUCCACUCCUGGCUUCUUUCACGUUGUACUGCAUGGGAUCAACUACAUUAUAAAAUGAAACUGAUAUCAAUUAUAAGCAUACCACCCGUCAAACUGGUCAAUGAUUGCACCACGAAGACACAAAUGAUGGGGUUGGCAGAGGCCUGUUUCUCAGCCCAGCACCCAGUAUCAAGCAGGAUUUUCUUCUACACUAAUGUUUAAAGCAUUUUAUCUGAGCCGUAUCAUUAUAUUCCAAACAAAAGCAACUCAGCAGCCACACAACAGAAGUAUAUUCAGCAUCCUACUUGCCUGCACUGCAGUAUUUUGCCCUUCUCAUUUAACCUGGACAACCUAGUUCUACUUUUCUGUACAGCCAGCAACUCCUCUGUUAACCCCUGUGGCAUGCACAUCAUCUGGUGAGCUGAAAAAAAACAUCAUGUAAUGCAGACUUUGAGGUUUGCUUUCAGUCCCUGUAGAUAUCAAGAGAUCCCUUGGGAACUCUAUAAGACCCGAGGAAGGUAUGAAUGCUUGGCAUCUGCGGAGACUUCAUUUGUUGCCAACAGCUUUAUUAGUUACGUAUGGCUUAUAAUGACACUACAGUUUGUGAAGGAGAAUAUCUGGAGGUUGGAUUACCUGUGUAAGGGCUCUGUCACAGGUCAAGCAAACAAAAGCAUUUCUUUACUAAACUAAACAUCUGGACAGCAAGAGGAGGCUAUGGCAGGACACAGAAUUCAACACGCAACAAGCUACAGCUCAGAACCUCUUCCAAAGAAACGAUCCAUGUUAGGGAUAGAGAGAAUGCACACACACAAAUACUGAGCUCAGCAUCUUCCCAGCAUCUCAAAGAAAUACGAUGGGAUUUGUAAGGCUGUCAUAAAGUGAGGACCCUGCCGUACCCUCACAACACCACAGCGAUCUCUGGAUUCCACGUCAGUGCCCUGAAACCUGCCUGCCCAGCUGCUGGAGCUCACCCUGUGAGCAGCACAAGCAGCAGGACGCUUGUUAGCUGUGUGCUCAACCACUGCCUGUUCAGAGUGCAUGGCCUAUAAAAGAGAAACCUGAAAGCUGUAUAUUCUUACCACGGGUUAAAAAUAAAGCACGUGCUCUUGAGUGAGAGCCGUGGAUUGCAGGGCAGGGAACGGGCUCCCAGAUGUCCCCCGAACAGAGAACCACCCCCCCAACAACCCCAAUUGCUGCCGCAGCCCGAACAUUGCGGGCAGUAAAUCGGAAGCCCGGCGGCUGAAGCCCAGCCUCUUGCUCCUUGAGCCGGGCUGUAAACAGCCAAAGGGAGGGGCCUCGCGCAGCCAAGCCGAGCCCAAAGUGGUGAGUAAGUCACCGGAGGAAAAACAAGUGCAGCGUGCAGCACCGGGACUGGGAGGCGAUGGGCUGCGGGAGCGGGGACUUGCUCCGGCUGCUGCCCUACAUGCAUGAACCCUGCAAUGCCAUCCGUGCAAGUGCUGGGCGGUGAGGGGCGGGUGAAGAGAAGCUGGUAACCAGCAGAGAAGACACAAGAGCUGAAAUCACUAUGUGGAGCUGUGAAACCUUAAACAUCACUGACAACAGCGAGGACCAGCAUCUCUGCCAGGACUUCCACUUUGUGCUAUCCAUCUUUUCCCUUCUCUACCUCAUUAUAUGUUUCCCAAUUGGCCUUUGCUACAACGGCCUGCUGGUCCUGGUCAACCUGUACAACAAAGCUACUAUGACGAUGCCUGAUGUUUACUUUGUCAAUAUGGCCAUCGCCGGACUCAUCAUCAACGCCUUGGCACCAAUGUACCUUCUAGGUCUCGCCAAUACAAAAUGGGCCAUCUGGAAUUCUAACAAUGAAGUUUAUAUCACCUUGCUUAUUUUGUUCAACGUCUCAUCUUUGGUUACCAUGUACUCUACGACAUUACUCAGUCUGGACUACUACAUCGAACGUGCUCUACCUAGAACUUACAUGUCCAGUGUGUACAACACCAAGCACGUCUGUGGAUUCAUAUGGGGCGGAGCCAUGCUCACAAGUUUCUCAUCUCUUCUAUUCUACGUCUGCAACCACGUAUCCACUAAAAUAAUUGAAUGCUCCAAGAUGCAGAACAAAGAGGCAGCGGAUGCCAUUAUGGUGUUUAUCGGGUACGUCGUUCCAGCUGUUGCUGUACUGUAUGCACUUAUUCUGAUCUUGCGAAUACGCAAAGAGGCCACACCACUGGAUCAAGACACUGGACGAUUAGACCCAUCAGUGCACAGGCUUUUGAUUGCCACAGUCUGUACACAGUUCGCGUUAUGGACACCCUAUUAUGUUACCCUUUUGGUAAGCACAUUUACUUACGCACGAGGAGGAGCUGCAGAUGAAAACUACAUUCGAAUAUUACAUUUUACCAUGGUUUUAUCCAAAUUCUUGGCUUUCUCAAGCAGCUUUGUAAUGCCUUUGCUUUACAGAUACAUUAACAAAAACUUCCCCAACAAAUUGCGACGGCUGCUUAAAAAGAUACACUGUGGGAAUCAGGGGUGCUCUCACGAACGCACAGUAGUACAGCAAGUCAUGACAUAGGCAUUAAACACCUCUGGUGCUCUGUUACUGCAGUUCUCAGGCUGUGAUAUGGCUGCGUUGGCACUCAGAGUCACCAACGUCAGAGCUUCAACCAAGAGGAGCCUUUGAUGAAUGAAAGAGUCUUAGCUUCCCAAACGUUGAGUGUUUGCUGAGAUCUGUAAGACUCUGGCCUACGUGCUGUAAUACCUGUGACGUCUGACACUCAGUGCACUGAACUGCUUACAAAGCGUAAGCUCUGUCUCCAUCAUCCUAAUAUUCCUGUCUGAACGAAUCACUAAGCAGUUGAUGGAAAUCUCGACUGAACACACAGCACCUUGUACCUUGUAGGGAAAAAGGCAUUACCUUGUUUUCUGUACAAAGAAGCAACUGCGCUAUCCUGGAUGAAGUAAAUGGUAUUUUUUCAAUGAAGAUGAUACGGGUGAUGUUUGCUAGAGGUGAUAUCCCCCAAUUAAACAUGUCCAAAUAGUAAAUGUUAAUUAUAAAUUAAAUUAUUUAAUUUCUUUCUCCAUCACUGAAUUCCAUAAUCCACCACUUUCAGAAACCGUAUCCUCACAAGGCCUAACCUAAGCUAUUAACACGUAUGGUAAAGCAGUUUUUGUCCUAGUUAUAACAAUAACGUGUUUUAUUCUUCCGGUGCUUUGUUUGCAUCCUAAGGCAUUUCAGGAAUUCAGAAAUAUUUAUUAACUAAUUCUAGGGGAAUUGAGAGAUUUUUUUGUUCCACGUAUUAAGAUGAAGGACGCGGUGGUUUACAAACUUAAAUCGAAACUUAACGAGUAAAGAAUGUCUGGCUAAGUGUUAUGGUCCACAUAUGUUCAUGUAACAAGAGUAAUUAUCUUAAAAAUAAAUAUGUUUAUGAUUAACAUUUUUUAUUUUCAAGGGAUACGUUCACUACAAAUAAACUGAAAUCUCUUUAAUCUCGGGGAUCACUGGAAGUUCGGGAGCCAGAAAGAAGUCUUCCAAUGCAUACGAGGUUUUAAGAUGGGAAUAAUACGAAGGGUGCUCGAAAAGUAAUGCCUCCUGUUUUAUUUUGUUGGUCCGCGAUGUCAGAGGUGGUUCUUGGUGGGAUGGCAGUAGAGGCUGAACCUUCCCAACAAUUUCAUGUGACAUGUUGUUGCCGUGUGACAGAUGGCAGCAGAGGGGCACUCUGACAAAGUGGUAUCUGACAUUGGAAGUGAGUACAAAACCAAAGGUGUGGAAUUGAAUUCCUCCACGUGGAAAAAAAAAUAGCACUCACUGACAUCCAUCAAUGCUUGCUGAAUGUUUGUGGAGACCAAAUGGUGCAUGUGAGCACAGCGAGGGGUGGGCGAUGCAUUCCAGCAGUGACACUGAUUCUGGUCGCUCACACAGGUGUGGAUUUUGACAAGCACAACAUGCACUCACUUCUUGUUUGCUGGCAAAAAUGCACAGCUCAUGGUGGUGACAGUGCUGAAAAAUAGUUUGGUAGCUGAGAAUUUGCUCUGCCAAGCAAUCUUUUAUGCUCUUUGUAGUGCUUUCCAUGGAAAUAAAUAGGAGGCAUUACAUCUGGAGCAGCCCACGUACAUAUGAAUUCCACUCAGUGUCACCUUCUUGUCGACCUGGGACAAAAUGGAGCAUCUCCCAACUUGAUUCAUAAAUACUCAACAAAAGUACAGUUUCUGUAUUUCACAGUGGGGAUGGAAAAAAACAACACAGUUCCCAGUGUUCAAAGAAAUACAGAGAAAUACAAAGUGCUGCUGGAAACAAAACUACCCUGACUCAAACAACUACCUGCAGCUGUUGUUGCAUUGGUGAUAGCAGAGGGGACAGAGGUUACACUGAUAUUCUCCUGUUGGCUGAGGGACAGCAGGACUUCUUCGCCUGCCACAAAUCAUUUCUUUGCUUUAUCUGUCACAACACAAAUUGUUCAGCAAGACUUCAGCGAAAAAAAGAAGGGGGUUCUGAGCCUCUGGUAUAGAAAAACCAUAGAGUAAAAACAGAAUGAAACCUUUUCUACUGUGUAAUCUGAUCUCAUCGUUGGUCAUAAUUUAUAAGCAUAGGAAAAUGAUUAAGUUUUAAGUGGGAAUGAGGUGAGGAACACUUUUCUCAGAUCUUCUCCCUCUUUUCAACAUAAUUUGAGUCAUUCUUCUCACAGCCAUCUUCACUUAUCUGAUUCAUGUACCAUCAUCCCUUACAUUAUCAACACCCUGCUCAUCCAUUGCUCUUUAGCUUUCAAUACCACUUUUAUCUCAGUGAACUUGUUCGACCAUUGAGGCCCUACACAGCAAGUCACCUAUUUGUGUUGUGGUUUCUGCCCAUGAAAGCUAGCCAGCACAAUCACAUUGCUUUGCUUCACCAUGUCAGCCUGCUGAUUAAACCAACCUCAUGGAAGGAAGCCUUUCCUUAUCACCAUGUCCAUUCACACUCUAAUUUAUGCCUGUCUGCAGACACAAUACUGGCUUCUUGGUUUCCAUAACCUUUUUGGUUUUGUUUUUCUCUUAACUUGAGAUAUAUUCUCAGAAUUGCAAGCUACACUCAUUUUAAGCAUUCAAGCUCACGCCCACAGACGUUCACAGCAAAUCUUUCCUUGGAACUGCUGAGCAAGCAGAGACUCAUCCUCCCUCCAGGGGAACUCAGGGCAUCCUAAAGCACCGCGUCACAUUGCUCACAGAAAAGCUGCUAAAGAAAUUCUGACCCACGGGGCAGGAAAACAAACAGCAGCAGAGAGGAACUGGCAAACCUGAUGUCAGCAGAGCCUGGUGGAGCUGGGACAUGGCCAGGGCAGUGGGCUGAGCAGGAGGCACAAGGAUGGAUGUAACUGCUGUGCUGCUGCCCUGAGUCUAUUUCCCCUCUUCCCAAGACACACUACUUUCUGUGUCUAAGCAUGCUGUCACAUUUAGUUCUCUUCUUUCCUCUGCAGGUUAAAUUGCCAGGCCAUGACUCUUUUAUCAUAUCUUUUUUUCUUUUUCUCUACCCAAAUGUGCUAUUCAGUUUCAUUCUGCUCCUGCUCCUUUCAUGCCUGGCCUUGCACACACGGUACUUCCCAACACCACCUCCUUCAUGACAGCUCAACUUCAUCCAACAGCCUGACAUCACAAAUAGAACUGCACAGAAAAUGGAAGCUGCUACUCAAAAGAUGGAGAAGGAACAAGUCUGAUUUCAUCUACCCUUGAAACAUCAAUUUUGCUUUUUUUUUCCCCUAAAGAUCCUUCUUACUGCAGCAGAGCUGUGUUUGUGUGCAUCCCUGAUAAUACACUAAAUGUGAUCACAACCAUAUAGGCAAGGAGUACUGAUAAUUUAAUGAACAAGACUGACAGAAACUCAGGUACUUUUAAGAGUGAAUUUGAGGUCUCAUUUGCCUCAAAGAAACUGUGCCAUGGAAUGGACUGGCUGCUGUUCCCUGAAAUUCUGAACUCGAUUCCAGUGCUCUCAUGUGAUGUCCCUUAAAAAGCAAUAUCCCACAACGCAAGAACUUCACAAUAUAUAUUGAAGCAGUGCUUGAGCAAGUGCAUUAAAAUACUUAAGGAGAUGCACAGCAAUAUAACUAUAGAGGAACCUUUAUGGGCAAGUUUAUAAUAUACAAAGUUCUCAAGGGUGAGGCCUUUCCAUUUGAAUACCCGAAGGUUUCUGAUGACUGUAAACAGGGCCUUGCCUAUUUUGCAUUUAAAUAUGAAGAAAAUACUGCACGUAUGCAACAUAAAAAUCAGCCUAAGGAUGAAAAAAUAAUUUUCAAAUAAUUUAUUAAAUUAUUUCUUAAAGCAAAUGUAUCAUUUAAGUGCAAGCCUCUGAACAGUAACAUGUACUGUGUGGUUCAGUGUGUAUAUACUGGUAUUAGAAAGGAAGCACUACUUAAGUGCCAUUAUUAACAGUGCUGUUUUCUUACAAAAUUCAGCUGCAUGUUUGAGAUGAGCUGCGGCUUAUAGCCCUCCUCCAGAAGAGCCAAUUACGUCAAAUCAGUGAACUAACAAAGAUGUUCAUCUCUGCUUCUGCUGGAGGUAUUAACACAGACAGUUUAAGUCAGGUCUGUGCUGAUGAACCCAGCAGGGUUUCAAAAGUUUCCAUUUAGGAAUCAAAUUGAGAUGGUCUAUGAAGACGUAAUGUUCAGUCAAGGAAAGAAAGUGACCAACCAUAGGAGAAUUCCUGGUUGUGCUCAAAAUAAAGAAACGUGGUCUUCCAUAUCACGUCAGAGAACUACACAAAAUGGUCUGUUGGCAAAGAAACUACUGACUCCUAAGACUUAAUAAAAUGUGUUAAAGCCUA